AUGGCUUGCCCUCAUGUUGCAGGUGUAGCAGCUUAUGUCAAGUCUUUUCACCCCGACUGGUCUCCCUCGGCAAUCAAAUCUGCUAUCAUGACGACCGCUACGCCAAUACACCUUAAGAAAAACCCCGAGCAAGAAUUUGCAUACGGGUCGGGCCAAAUUAACCCGACCAAAGCCAGCGACCCGGGACUUGUAUAUGAAGUAGAGACAGAAGAUUACCUCAAAAUGAAGUGCAGAGGGAUUUGA